AUUUGCUAGUACAACGACAAUAAAAAAUAAACAGAUUUUAUUUUUGACAUGACAUAAUAUAACCUCAAAUUACAAGUUCUUUUUAAAGUGAUUUUAAAAAUAUGGAUUGUAGUACUUUAAAGUGUUAGUGUUUUAGGUGCGUUUGUGUUGAACUAGUGAAAAUUGUCAGUGAAAUGGAAGCUAUGGAGCGGAGAUGCAGAUUGGCGGCUUUCGCUGUGGUCCUCGUCAUCUUUUCGUCACAAUGUGGUAGCGUGGAGGGCCAGAGGAACAACACGAAGAUGUCGUACGUGUGCCCGCCGCAGUUCAUCCGGCUCGGACACAGCUGCUACUUCUUCAGCGAGAACAAGGCCACGUGGCAGAACGCGCUCUUCGCAUGCACGGACCGUGGCAGCAACCUGACCGUCCCGGCCCGGUGGGAAGACAGAAACCUUCGCAAGUACCUCAACAAACCAGAAGUCGAUAAGGCCAGUCGAUGGAUCGGCGGCAUUUACGACUACGGAGCGAAGUCGUGGAGGUGGGGCGGCGACCUGCGCAAGAUGCACUACCAGUCCUUCUCCAAGAUGAAGAAGAUGUCCCCUGAAGAGCUCAAGUGGCACUGCAUCGCUAUGAUACCAGAACUGCUCUACAGGUGGGCGCCACGCAGCUGCAUCGAGGCUCGCCACUUCAUCUGCCAAACUAAACUGCUAAAGAUGCCAAAGGCCAAAGUGAAGACUUUUAAUCGCCGUUGGCAACGUCAGGGUGAGAUCAACGAAAUCAACGUACCAGCGAUCAGCAGGGAAGUCAACGACCCCAUGAUGGUAAACGACGUCACAGCGAACCCUGUCCACAACCCGAAGUCGUACGAUCUCCGCCCGAACCAGCCCCGACUUGGCCCGAAGCGGCACGGCCCGCGGCCCAACAGCAUCCGUGGCACGAGGAACUACGAUCUGAGGCCGAAUGAACUUAAGAAACGUCAGCGACCCUCGAUUCGCCGGCGGCUCAAGAGACCGUUCCCAGGUUACACAUGGAACCGGCGCGACCCCGAGAGCUCGUACCUGCGCAACGCUGCGCUGCUGCGGUCGGGGCGCACGGGGCUGACGCCGCAGCAGGUGAACGCCAACCUGGCGCGCCUGCAGCACCUGCGCGACAAGCAGCUGGCGCGCCGCAAGCGCCUGCGCGACGACGACUGGCUCGAGCACCAGCCGCGCCCGGCGCUCGCGCGGACCCGCGCCCGCACCUACACCGUCGACAACAACAUCAGCGCGCUCCACCCCAAGACCAUCGUCGAAGAGUUCAACAUGGACUUCCCGCAACAACCCAUCGCGCUACCCCAACCGAAACACACCAACGGCUAAACGAUCGACUUACAUUAUCGUUUAAUAUCGAUUGAUAUAUCGAUUAUUCCUCGAAAUUAAUUUUAAGUUCCUCGCGAAUUUUCCGAACUAUUUCCGACUUGCUUGUUUUAUUUAUUCAUGACACUUGAGGUUGUUCUAAUUCCUAUGAUUAGUAUAAAAUCUAGUUAUGAAUAGUCCCGGUCUAUUAAUGGGAAAAUUAGAAUUUUGGAAGGUGUGUUAUUGUAGACGUGUUUAAAAGCAUUUAUUAGGGAUGGGACACGUACCCUUGGCUUUAGUAAUGUAGUCAUCUCCUUUUGUGUCCUGUCUAGCCAUCACGUCAACAUCUGCACAUUACUAGUCUCAAGUGUCAUCUUGUUCUUCUUCUCUUUCUUCUAGAGUAGUUUGAACGUACGAAGUUAUCCUACUCGAUACAAAUUCAGCUUCAUCCAUACUUAACAACUGCAAUCCAGUGUGAUUCUUGUCAAUGUAGAUGUAGUUACCACAAUACGACAUGUUCUAUCGUAGUGUUACAGAAAAUUUGAUGUUGUAUUACGAUUAUUAAAUUAAAGCUUUUAAUUCAUCCGUGUCUGUAUCAAGAGACUCUACGCCAUGUUUUUUAAUGUUAAGUGGAGUAUUAAAAUCAACAAAACAUUACUACAAUCUACGUAGGUAUUAAAUAUUAAUAGAUCUAACUAUUUAAGUCAGGGGAGCUAGUUAAGCGAUUAUUAGUUUUGGGAUGUUACAUCAUCUUUUCAUAAUUUUAAUGUUUUUGUUUUUUUUUCACAUGUUUUAUAAUCAUUUAUAAUGCUGUGCUUAUCUGUGAAGCGCGUGGAGGUAUCUGUUUUAUUUGUAUGUAUUUAUAAUGUACUAGUCAGUAAGUUUUAUGGAAAUAUAAAUCUAGAAUACUAAAAUGUUUAAUCUUAUCUAUAGUUUCAGAAAUGUUGAUAAUAUUAAUGAACAUAAAAUAUUACUGAUGUAGGCACUAUAGAUUGUCGGAAGUAUUCUUCAAUUUUUACUAAAUCUUAAUAUUAACAUUCUCACUGUCUUUAAGAAUAUUUAUUAAAAUGAAUAAGUACCUAACAACAAUGUGUCGUACAUCAUGAUUGGCAUUUCGUGUUUAAUUAGCUAUGUAAGGUUACGUUCCAUAAUUUUGUUAUUUUAGUUAAAACCUAAUAAAUUAAUAUUUUUUUACUAAACUGCCAGUUAUGUGAGUCCUCGCAUUUAUGAAUAUUAAAUCACAUUUUAUAAGUUCUUGUAAAAUAUUUAUAAGCAGUCAUAUUUGCACUUUGAAUGUUAGAUUAGACUUCGAAAUAUCGUCGGAUUGACAUUCUAUUAUCAAAGUUAUUUGUGGUAUUUAAUGUUUUUCUCAAGGCCUAAGUGUAAGAUCUUUUAGAAUAUUUUUAAGGCCUUCAAAAGUUUGAGAGUGGCCAAAAAUUUAACAGUUCUUUAUAAAGCUGUCAUAUCGUAAUCUCUAUAAGUGCCAUCCGCUAUAGUUCGAGACUUCUCAAAUUAACAUAAGUCUUCAACCGUCUUUAAACUUGGUAAUACUUUUAUCCUUAAAGUUUUAAACUAUCCGACGAUAUUUGAAAAUCCUCGUUCAGUCAUUUCAAAUUCAUUAGAAUGUUACAAUCGAUUCACGUCUAAGCAACAUGAAUCGACAUCGAUAAAUAGUUGUAGUAACUUAUGAUUUUAGUUUUCGCGACCCUAGUCCACUAAAAAAUAAAAACUAGUGACAACUUAGUAUUACUAUCAUACCUCAAAACAAUUCUUGAAAUUAUAAAUAGGUAAUUACUGUUUCCCUCUAAUAUUUUUACAUUUUUCACUUAUUUUUAUCUGUAAAUACUACUUAAUUGUAAAUUUUAUAGUAGCAACACCGAGGUACUGUGAAUUUGUUUUUGAGCGAGUAAUGAACUUAUUUAUAGGAUCAAAAUAACUCCUUAUUCUAUUUUAAGUAUUAAUAUUUACUAUUAUAAGGAAAUAAAGAAUCAUCAGAAA